ACAGUUUAAAUUGGGGAGCCGUGCAGUGUUCUGAGCCGGGUGCUUCUUCGACUAGCCGGGACUUGGUUCACAAACGGGAGAAUAAAAAUAAAAUAACAUAAAAAUGCCUGCAAAAACAGACGACGGCGGGUGGAAGAAGUUUCUGUGGGACUCGGAGAAAGGCGAGCUGCUCGGCCGCACUGGAAGCAGUUGGUUCAAAAUUUUCCUGUUCUACGUUGUUUUUUACGGAUGCCUGGCUGGAAUCUUCAUCGGCACCAUUCAAGCCAUGCUGCUCACCUUGAGUGACUACAAGCCAACCUGGCAGGACAGAGUUGCACCCCCUGGCCUCACGCACACCCCACGUUCAGACAAAGCCGAGGUGACCUACAACCUCAAUGACAUGGAGACCUACCUGCCUUACACCAAAGCUUUAAAGGAUUUCCUGGCCAAGUACAACGAAGAUGACCAGAAGGACCAAAUGAAGUUCGAGGAUUGUGGAAGUGAACCUGGGGAGUACAAGAACCGGGGUGACUUGGAGAGCGACGUGGGCAUCAGAAAGGCCUGUCGUUUCUCCAGGAACUUGUUGGGUCCCUGCUCCGGCCUUGAGGAUCCACAUUUUGGCUUCAAGGACGGAAAGCCCUGCAUCGUUGUGAAGCUCAACAGGAUUGUUAACUUCCGUCCAAGGCCUCCUAGCUCUAAUGAAACUAUUCCUGAAGAGGCUCAACCCAAGGUGCAACCCAAUGUGAUCCCUCUUUACUGCACCAACAAGAAAGAGGAGGAUGCUGGGAAGAUCGGUGAGAUCAAGUACCACGGUAUUGCCGGAGGCUUCCCUCUCCAAUAUUACCCCUACUAUGGCAAGCUGCUUCACCCUCAGUACUUGCAGCCUCUGGUGGCUCUUCAGUUUGCCAACCUGACUCUGAACACCGAGUUGCGCAUUGAGUGCAAGGUGUUUGGAGACAACAUCAACUACAGCGAGAAGGACCGCUAUCAGGGACGCUUUGACAUCAAGAUCAGCAUUAACAGUUUAUGACCGUCACCAGGAACUUAGAUCCUGCCCUGACACGCCCUGCUACUUUCCCCCCCCGAAAUACCAAUCUGUCGUAGGAGAUAAUAAGUGGGAGGGUAGGCUGUAGCGGUUAAGUCAAUCACAACUAGUCUUGAAUGAAAAAAACUUGUUAGAGGGCAGAUGUAUAAUCUGUCCUUCACUAGCUUACUCACUUCCGUCUAGCCAUAGUAUGAUUUAGAGGAAAAGUAGCAAUAGGCCCAAUAAAAAUAUUUAUUCUGCUGUAAAGGAGAAUUUUCCACAAGCCAUGGGACAUUGUUCUUAGAUUACUGUAAAGUAUAGUUCCAUCUCUGUAUCUGUCCCCUCUGCAUAUCGCUGCCUUGUGUGAUUCCAGUAGUUAGGUUUGGAGUGUAGUAGUUGUCGCAAAGUCUGUUCUUCCUUAAUCAUGCUUUUUCCUCAUUGUCUUGUGUGAGCAAGCUUCAGCAGUUGUAGUUGCGCGCGUGUGUGUCAGACAUGUGGACACACUCCCAUUUACUUUCUGAUUCAAAAAGUCUGACACGGUUCUGAUAUGCGCGGGGAAAAGACUGCACUCCAGGAAACUUCUUUCCUCUUUUUAUUCGUCUUACAGUUGAUCACAGAAGACUCUUUAUUUUUCAUUAAAUUGCUUAAAUGUGUGAAGGGGUUAUUACUUGGUUUCAUGCCUUUUUUGAUUUUUGCCUUGAAUGUAGACUUGUGUGUCCAGCCUGUUAGACACUUUGGCCUGCUUUAAGGGCGAUGGUGCUAACUAUGUUUUAAAGAUUUUUUUUUUUUCUUUGUUUUGCUGGAUUUAUCACAGCAUCAAGCAUUGCGGGGCAACCGUGAAUGUUAUAACCAUUAAACAUGGUGGAAGAAUUUUAUAUUUAUGCAGUUGUACAUUUUGUUUCUUUGCAGAAUAUUGUAAUGUAUAAAUGCAAUACCAAAGUGACAUGCAAAGUCUUAAUCUGAAGCAAUGCAGUACUCCUUUCUAGGAUGUAUUCGUCUUAAGUGCUAAAGUUGGUGUCUUGCCCUGCAACUUUUAAAAUGGAAAAAAUCUUGACAUUUGUUUUGGUCAUGAAUGCAGUUAUGUGUACAAUGAAUAGGUAGUUUAUUUUCACGACCAUCUUAUGUUCAUGCAUUUUAGAAAAAAAAAACUCUUGCAGACCUCUGUGGCUUUAGAUGACUGAUGAAAUUGGCUUUAAUAUUGUAUAUCAACAUCAGUCAAUUUUUCAUCAGUUCAUCCACCUUUGUCAUUUAAUCAGACAUGAAUGAAUAAAAAUCAUAAUAGACCUUUA